AUGGGGAAGAUAACGAAGCAGAUGCAGCCUAAGCAUGCCGAGACUUUGUCUCCAUGGCUGAAGGACUUCGUCACGUCGGCAUGCUCGACACCCCUGCCCCUCCUCCCAGACCACUUGGCCAAGUUUCCGACGAGAUGGCCUUUCCCCAGAGGUGAUCUCUACCACUGGAUCCCACUUCUCAACCACUUCGACAACAUCUUGGACUGCUUCUGCACCACCUACAGCCUCGACCAGGGCCCUCAAGGCCGCGACUUCGCUUGCGAGCUGCUUCUCAACACAGGUACCAAGACCGAAUCGUACGGCGACGAGACAUGGGAUACCGAGCGGCUCUCCAAGUUGGGAUACAACCAAGAUGGCGACAGGCAACUCAUCGAGGCUGUCCUCAACUUCACCCGUGUGCUGCUUGAGCAUUGCGGCAACCGGAGCAUCUAUUCCAGCAGCAUGGUCCUGAACAAGCUGCUCAAUACCACAGUCUUGUCCAUUCUGCUCGCCACCCUUCGCGUCAGCUCCGAGCUGGCUCAGCGGUAUCAGGCUUCCGUCAAGCGCAUAGGAAACGCUUCGCGCACCGUCAGUACUGCACUUCUGGGUAACCACUACCAGAUCGAUUUGGAUCGUGUCCACACUCUUGCCCUGCCCUUCGCCAAGACUCCUAUCGUAAGCCUCUCGGAUCCCGUGGCUACUAGCACACCCACAUCGGCUUCCAAAGGCAAGGAAAAGGCCCAGGUUUCGAGCCAGAAGAACGCUGCUGUCAUGUUCGCCAACGACCUGGGCUCUGUUCUGACGGCAGACAACGCACGUUGGCAUGGCUGGGGGGACAUCAAGGUCUCUUACACUGCACCUUCAACAACUCGCGAACAGCCCGUUCAUGUGCCUGCGGAUCGGGUUGCGUCUAGUGUCCCUACUACGCCUACUCCUCUGAGACGCAGCACGACGGCUGGAUCUCAACAUAACACGCCCAGAUCGGCCCGUCAGCCUGGCGCAGACGACACCUCGCCUCUGAGCGUUCGGAGCCCCGGCACUACGAAUGAUCACGCUAGCUCAAGUCAAAGAAUCUUUGACAUUCCGCAGUCAGUCGUUGCCUCUAGUUCUAUUUACGAUCUGCUUUCGAGGUGUCCGGCCGACAUGCCGGCUUCUGCCAAGUAUGAGGUCCUCAACCGGCUGAGAGUUGCCAAGGCUCUCUUGGGCAGCACCGAGUCAAGGCAGCAAGUCCUAGCCAUCAGAUUACUUGCGAUCAACAAUCUCGCGUACAUCCAUCCAGAGACCACGUUCGUCGAGAAGGUACUGCGUCACGACAACGAUGAGACCAGACGUUACCAGCUUGCCUACCAGUUGGCGGAGCUCAUUCACCCGCCUGCUGAUGGCUCAAUCCAAGUACCCCUUUGGCUCCAGUCCAUCGUUUUGGCCUUGCUUGAGGCCAUCUCGAACUUCGCGGCCCGAUACCAGGAUGUCUUGUCAGCACUCAAUGCCAACGUCAACCAUGGCAUCCUGCUCUAUGUUAUUCGCAAGGCAGUUGCUGGAAUGAAGACGGAUGAGCCCGAUCGCGGCAUUCAAACAACGGAAGUCGAUGAGUGGCGGACAAAGCUGUUCUCUCUGACGACUCACCUUGCCAUGUCUACCAGAAUUGGUGCUGAGAUGGUGACCGCAGGUCUCAUGGACAUUUUGGUGGAGAUCUUGAAGAUAAGAUCCGACGUUGCCCAGCGCAACCAGAUGAUGAUCCUUUCCUUCAUUGACAACCUGAUCUGGUCCUACCAGAAUGCCUUCCAGAGCUUUUUUAACGGCUCCGGUCUUGAUGCCAUCUCUGACCUGCUGGUCACCACUGUCGUGGAGGCGAAGCAGUUGGUUGAGGCAGGCAAAGGAAACAAGCCUGAAAACCAGAGCCAAAUCGUCGAUUAUGAGAUCCCCUACAACCAGCAGCAGACCCUGAAAUGGGUCCUCAAGUUCAUUCAUCACAUCAUGACCAACUCUUACAGCUAUGGCGGUAACACCGACAGACUCUUGCGCAACCUCGUGGAUAAGUCGGAACUGCUCGGAAGCCUCCGAGAGAUUAUGCAGAAUACCAUGCGCUUCGGUUCGGUCCUUUGGACUAGCACGGUCACCGUUCUCAGCGAUUUUAUCAACAAUGACCCCACGAGCUUUGCUGCUAUUUCCGAGUCUGGCAUGAUCGUAAGCUACCUCGAGGCAAUCACGAGCCAGCCUGUCACCAAUCAGCCAGCUGUGCAGCCCCCUCCAGAGUCUGAGGAGCAGGAAGCUGCAAGCCGUGGCGACAACGAGGGCGGCAGCAGUCCCGAUUCCUCCGACGCUUCCGUCCAUGUUGAAUCUGAUGACAAGAGACCUCACCCGCCUCCGCAGGACGAACUGGCCUCUUCACACGAUCGUCCUUUGGCCCGGGGUAUUCUGCCCACAUCCGACGCGAUCAACGUUGUUCCGCAGGUUCUCAACUCCAUCUGCCUUAACAAUGCCGGUCUCAAGAUGGUGGUGUCCUCGCGAGCUUUCGAGUCGUUCCUGGAAAUCUUUGAGAGUCCCGCCCACGUCAACACAAUGGAGACCGACCCGCAUCUCGCCAGUAAUGUCGGUGCUAGCUUCGACGAGCUUGCAAGACAUCAUCCUCACCUGAGACGCCCGAUCUCGAAUGCGGUUAUUGAUAUGGUUGCCAGAGUCAGAUCCCUCGGCAUUUACAAGGCCCAGACUGCGAACUGGGGGGCCAAGCUCCUUUUGAACGAUGGAACGCAGAAGCCUGUUGCAGCGGACGAGAGCCUGAGGAGCCGUCUUGAUGCCUCUGGGUCAAAAGAAAAGGAGAAGGCCGCACAGACCGACUUGGACGUGGAAAUGUCGGAUGCGGCUGGGCCAUCAGAAAAGGCGGAGAAGCCCGCAGGCAAUGAAUCGUCCCCGUCUGCUACUGCCUACGACGACAUCACUCCCUACGUCUACGCUCUGUCCAGCUUCCUCUCGGCGUACUUCAAUAACAACACGCUCAAGACAUACUUCGUCAGCAAUGGUGGUAUUGAGCUGUUGCUGGACAUUGCCGAGCUUCCCAGUUUGCCGCAUGACUUUUGCGACUCCCAUGCUUCUAGAACAUUGCAUCUCGUCAUCUCACAGCUAGUUGAACACUCCCCGGUGCUUGGUCUGCCGUCCCUUCUUAAGCGCGCGCAAGCUUCAGUGGAGAUUCUGAGACCGCUUGCCGAGCACAAAAAGGACACUCCCUUCUUCGCCCCAUUCCUCAACCCCGACGACAAGUUGACGGUCGAGGAAGUACGCAGCUUCGAUGUGGAGACUCAGGACCUCGUCCUACAAGGCACGAAGAUGGUCAAGGCUUUGCUUACUGCACAGUCGCUGAUCAAGACACUUUACGAGUGCUUUACGUCGUCGCCGCGCUCCAACUCGGUUCAGUUGUACGCUAUCAACGUCUUUGACUACUAUCUAGACUUGUUGAAGUCACUGGGACCUCUUCUGAAGGCUGUAUUGGCCGAGGAAGGUGCUGAGCACAAUGUGCUCCCUCAACAUUGGUGGGCGAAGCGGCCGGCACCCGGAAGCGAUGUUACGGUUCCCCAAGUGACUGCGGAAGUCGACACGGAGAAUGGUACCGCGCCAGAGAACAAUGCAUCUGGUACAGCCGCAACCACCGCUCAAACUGCGAGCCCAAACACUCUUCAGCACAAGGUACCUACCAAGCAGGAGCAAGCCACGUCCAGGUAUCGCAACUACGAAACCUUGCGCAUUCUUCUUCAUUCCAUGGUGCCGUCGACAUUCCCCUUUUUCCAGCAGCUUGGCAAGGCACUCUUCCCCCGCCGCGAGCGUGACGGCUACUCUCGGCCAAAGCAUGUCGAUCUUGCUAGGCAAGUUGCCGCAACAAUUCUCGACCAGUUGAGGCCCUCUGUCGCCUUGACUGAGCCCACGGCGAAGGAGUAUCAUUACUGGAUUAUCAUGCUCCACACUCUGACGGAGAUGCUGAUGGACACGUCCCGAUCUUCUGCCGACCGAUCUUCGGUUCAGAUCAUUAUGCCGGUAUUGAUUGCCUUCGUAGAGCAGGGCGGCUUCGAGGUUAUCACUUCAAUGGUUCGACGUUUCAAGUCAGAGAUGUGCAAAGAAUCUGGCGAUUCCGACGCGGGCACCACUGCCAGUGCCAGGGUUGCCUCUUUCGGACUCGGUAAGAUUUUCGAGUUUUUUGCCGCACUCGUCAAUGGCAAAAACAUUGCAGACUCUACGACGCAAUUCUCACUUCUUCCUCGAACAUCCGAGAGACGCCCCGAGACGCCAAUUUCCCACCAGAUUGUCGUUGAGGUUCGCAUGGCCGUCCUCCCAGUGAUCCGCGAGACUUGGGAGACCACUUUGAUCGAGAAGCUGCGGCCUGAGGCGGUGGCCAAAAUCAUCGAGAUCCUCAAAAUCAUUUCCACCGCCGAAAACGAAGGCUCCUCCCGAGACAAGCCCGUGUCUGAGGUCUUCAAGAAGACUGCAGUUCCCUUUGGCUGGCAUAACCACACCGGGCUGAUCGACUCCUUGAUUGAGGAUGGAGCUGAUGAAGAACUUGCUCGUGAGGCAGUCUUUAGAGCCAACGGCAAUCAAUCAUGGGCUCUCGAGUACAGCCGCCUUCACAAGGCUGGCAAGGCCGGACGACGCAAUUCCAUCCCGGCCGAGGAUGCGUACGCGCCGCCUACUCGUCCCGAGCCAUCGCGAUCCUCUAGCCAGCAAGAUGCACCAGCCUCUGCGACUCCCACCGACGCAGACGCUAUGGCUGUCGAUGUCGACCAGGAUCUCGCCAGCAGGCCCGGAGCAGUCUUGGACCGUAUCCUUGAUGAUGCAGGGCCGGGUGACCAGGCAGAGCCAGCACCGCCGGCUGAGUGGAGCGCUGCUGAUACCGAAAGCCCUGCAGGGGCCGUCGAAACUCAAGCAAGGUCUAGCACCUCUGCGCCAGCAAACCCCCCUGAGGAGACAAAGACAGAGACCCGGUUGACAGCCAAGGAAGAACUCGACAACGAGCGGGCGAAAUUGCGAGAAAACCUCAUCGACCGAUCCCUGGACAUCGUCAGAGCACACCCGCAGUCAGCCAUUGAGCUCUCGGAGCUCAUCAGCGCUAUGGUCUUCCGCCAGCAAAAUGAUGAAGUCCGGGAUGAGGUUGGCGCAACCUUGGCCAACGCCCUUACUUCACUAUCAUUCGAUGAUACCGAGUCUAAGUCUAACGGAACUAGCAUCGCUGCCUAUGCUCAUCUACUGGCUCUUUUGAUGCAAGAAAAGAGCUUUUUCAAGUGCAACAUCGACACAUUGAGAGAGAAGGUCGACGAGUACGUGUCGUUCCUUAAUCUCAAGGUUCUGCCUACUUCAAACGAAGAAUUGCCUCCUUGGAUCCCAUACAUUCUCUUGAUCGUCGAGUUGCUCCUGUCAUACGAUGAGCAGCCGAUUGAGGCCCAAUGGAAACCGCCUGCCAACGAAAAUGAGGUUGUCACGCCAGCGGUCCUUCCCCCCCGCAACCCAAUCGUCUCGGACAGUCAGCGCAAUGACUUGCUGGAGGCUAUACUUCGUCUGCUUCCCGUUCUUGGAAAGGAGGAGACACUUGCCACCUCCGUCCUUCGCGUGAUUGUCAUUCUCACGCGCAAGCCCUCUAUCGCGCAGAAGGUUGGAGAAAAGAAGAAUCUCCAGCGCUUGUUUGUUAUGGCCAAGCAACUUGCAGGGGCAGGUGCCGCUCGUUUGAAAGAGACGAAGACCACUGGCAGCAUCAUGUCUAUCUUGAGACACAUUGUCGAGGACGAAGAGACGCUCAAGCAAAUCAUGCGUGCUGAGGUGCGCAGCCUCUUCGAAAACCCCCAGCGUACUCAGAGAAACCUGGAUCUCAGCACCUACUUGCGCAACAUGGCACCGCUCGCGCUGCGGUCUCCAGAUCUUUUCGUGGAAGUUACUAAUGAGCUAACCAAGCUUUCUCGUUAUGUUCCGGGAAGCGAGGGCAGUACGCGGGCCCAUCAGUUAGCACUCAAGGAAGUUGAGACGGAGGGCAACACCGCUACGACAGUCAAGGACGCGAGCGUGGAGCCUGCUGUACAGGCUACGGAAGACUUGUCUAUCCACGAUGUCAAGCAGUCAACUGAGAUGGACGACAAGGAGAUGGCUGAUGCACCGAAGCCAGCGGAAUCAAAGCGUCCAGUUGUCGAGAACCCCCAUGGCAUCAUCCAUUUCCUCCUCUGCGAGCUACUCAACUAUCGCGAGGUUGACGACAAGGAGGCAGCACAACCUACGAAGGAUCUAAAAGCCACUCCAUCUGCAAGCACUUCAACUUCGGAGACCGCAUCAAAAGACGUCGCUACUGACAGCCAAGACGUUGCGGACAACAAGGACAAGGACAAGAAAUCCCCCAAGCCCGUUUUCAAGGCGGAGGAUCAUCCCAUCUUCAUCUACCGCUGUUUCCUGCUUAACUGCAUUGCGGAACUUCUCCAAAGCUAUAAUCAAACAAAGGUUGAGUUCAUUAACUUCAAGCGGAGCGCCCCCUUGCAGACGAACACGCCUGUCAAGCCUCGGUCAAGUGUCCUUAACUACCUCAUUCACGACCUCCUCUGUCAGGGCAGCCUCAGCGACAGCGGCGAUAGCAUCCUGUCCAAGAAGAAAGCAGCAACAUCUGCCCAGGCCCAACAAGUACUGGUCGCUUUGGUAGCCAAAACUGGAGAAAAGGGCGUCGACAAGAACCGCGACCGUUUCGAGUACGAUGAUGAGCCUGAUUUGCUCUUUGUCCGCAAAUUCGUUCUGGACACAAUCCUCAAGGCUUACGAGCGUGCCGCUACCCCAGAGGAGCCCAUUGACACGCGUUACGCCAAGAUGCAGUGUCUUGCCGAAUUGAUGAACCACAUCAUCGGUGAGAAGGACAAGGAGUCGACGUCUCAACGUGCGCUGGACUCUCCUCAGGGACGAUCGCAAGCCCAGUUGCGCAGGAUGAUGUAUGAGAAGGGCUACCUCGAUAAGCUGACUUCUUCCAUUGCCGAGGUUGACUUGGGCCACGCCGGCGUAAAGCGUGCCAUUAAGUAUGUACUCAGAGUGCUGCGCGUGUUGACAGACACUGCGAAGGAACUGAGCCGCUCCCACGUCCUCCCAUCGGCAUCUCUUCCCGAGACCGCGGACGAUGAGAUUAUCUCUACAUCUUCAAUGUCCGACAUGGAUGACGAUAGAGAGGAAACGCCAGACCUCUACCGCAACUCCGCUUUGGGCAUGCUUGAGCCUCGUGGAAGCGACGACGAGUCGGAAGAUGAAGACGGUAAGAUCCUGAUUGAAUCCAGGUAA